CAUAUGCUCGGUGUCGUCAUCGCGUUCCCUGCGUGCCCCUAGUGUUGUGGCGUUUAGUAAUGUAGAGAUUUAGAGACCAAAACACGAGUUUCUGGGUUAAAUAACCGCCGUCAGGAAGCCAAAGGGAUCGUUCACACCGACACCGACCCGGGACUAACACGGUACUCUACCGGGGACACUGCUGUAGCCAUGUCUGCGGGGUCCGGGAACAGAAACACGAACACGGAACCGUGGGGAAGCUUCGAUGAAAACCUCAUCCAGACUGGCGCUGGCGGCGCGGCCGUCAUCGACAUGGAGAACAUGGACGACACGUCCGGCUCGAGCUUCGAGGACAUGGGCGAGCUGCACCAGAGGAUGAAGGAGGAGGAGGAGGUCACCGCCGAGGCCGCCGCCGCCGACGACAACGACAACGGCGCCGAGGACGGAGAGUUCCUCGGCAUGAAGGGCCUGAAAGGGCCAGCUGGGACGACAGGUCGCUGACGAGGUGAGACAGGUCAGAGGUCAGGGGUUCACCUCUU